UUAUAAUUUUCUGAGUUUCCAAUUGCCUCAAGCCGGCGAUUAGCAGAGAGGCGGUGGUCCGUUCGAGAGAGAGGCCCAAUUUUGAUCAGCUCUUCUCGGCGAUUUCUAGGAUUUCCCGGUCUCGUUCUGCUUGAGAUUCACGUUGUUGGUUUGGAUUUGUUAUGGGAGAUUCCUCGGUUUCAACAAGUUCAUGGGGUGCCAAUAUUGGGUUUCAGGUAAUGGUGCAAUUGGGUUAUUGCAGCUCCUAAAGAAACACGGUUGGCAGGAAGGUACUGGUCUGGGAAUUGCUGAACAGGGGAUACUGAUGCCUAUAGACACGGAGGUGAAACAUAACAAACUUGGACUGGGAGCAGAGAAACUAAAGAUAAAAUGGAGGAAGAGAACAAUGAAGUCUCAGGCAACCGUUUCUCAAAACAGUGACGAGGUGUCGAACGUUAUGGGUGAGCCCUCCGGAUCAAGCAGUUCAUCAGCUGCUAUCAAUUCUUCAAACAUUGGGUUUCAGCUACUAAAGAAGCAUGGCUGGAAGGAAGGCACUGGUCUUGGAAUCGCUGAACAGGGUAGACUGGUGCCUGUACAAGCAGAGCCAAAAUAUAACAAAAGAGGACUGGGAGCUAAACAACCUGGGAAGAGAAAAGCAGCACAGGCUACAGCUUCUGGACACAGAGAAAAGGAUGAAGAAGUCUCAAAGGCCAGCAAGAAACUUUCUAAGAAAAUGCGAAAGAUGAUGGAGCACGAAAAACAGUUACAGGAAAAAGAAUUUGAACGAGCCUUCUAUAGAGAGUUCUGGCCUGAUAAUGUAUAAACUAGGUUUUCUCAUUGACUUGGAUGUUCCAAAAGCUUUCUGUAUUUACUGCAAAAUUAGAAUAACUCUGUUUCCUUUUGCCUUGAUCAAUGAAGAGAAAUAGUUAUAGAAUCAUUUGUUCAA